AUGGCUCUGCUGAGGGGCUGCGGCGGCGGCAGCGGCGGGUCGCUGUUGCUGCUGCUGCUGGCCGCCGCGUGCCUGCUGCAGCGCGCCCAGGUGAGGCGGCUGGUCCGCUGCCCGGCCACUUGCAGCUGCACCAAGGAGUCCAUCAUCUGCGUCGGCUCCUCCUGGGUGCCCAGGAUCGUCCCGGGUGACAUCAGUUCCUUGAGCCUGGUAAAUGGAACAUUUUCUGAAAUCAAGGACCGAAUGUUUUCUCAUCUGCCUUCCUUGCAAUUGCUUUUGCUGAAUUCUAACUCAUUCACAGUUAUACGAGAUGAUGCCUUUGCUGGUCUCUUUCACCUGGAGUACCUAUUCAUUGAAGGAAACAAAAUUGAAACCAUUUCAAGAAAUGCAUUCCGUGGGCUCCGUGACCUGACUCACCUUUCUUUGGCCAAUAACCACAUAAAAACACUUCCAAGGGAUGUCUUCAGUGAUUUAGAUUCACUGAUUGAACUAGAUUUAAGGGGCAAUAAGUUUGAGUGUGACUGCAAAGCCAAGUGGUUGUAUUUGUGGUUAAAGAUGACAAAUUCCACUGUUUCUGAUGUCCUAUGUAUUGGUCCACCAGAAUAUCAGGAAAAGAAGUUAAAUGAUGUGGCCAGUUUUGAUUAUGAAUGCACCACUACAGAUUUUGUGGUGCAUCAGACUUUGCCCUACCAGUCUGUUUCUGUGGAUACAUUCAACUCUAAGAAUGAUGUUUUUGUGGCCAUCGCACAGCCCAGUAUGGAAAACUGUAUGGUCUUAGAGUGGGACCACAUUGAAAUGAAUUUCAGGAGCUAUGACAAUAUUACAGGUCAGUCCAUAGUGGGAUGUAAGGCAAUCCUGAUCGAAGACCAGGUCUUUGUGGUGGUGGCACAGCUUUUUGGUGGCUCACACAUAUACAAGUAUGAUGAAAGCUGGACCAAGUUUGUCAAAUUCCAGGACAUUGAAGUUUCUCGGAUUUCAAAGCCCAACGACAUAGAGCUGUUUCAGAUCGAUGAUGAAAGGUUCUUUGUCAUUGCAGAUAGCUCUAAAGCUGGUUUGUCAACCGUUUAUAAAUGGAAUAGCAAAGGAUUCUACUCUUACCAAUCUCUGCAUGAAUGGUUCAGGGACACAGAUGCUGAGUUUGUUGACAUAGAUGGAAAAUCCCAUUUAAUCCUCUCCAGUCGCUCCCAGGUCCCCAUCAUACUGCAGUGGAAUAAAAGUUCUAAGAAGUUUGUCCCACAUGGUGACAUUCCCAAUAUGGAGGAUGUAUUGGCCGUGAAGAGCUUUAGAAUGCAGAACAACCUAUACAUUUCCCUUACUCGGUUCAUUGGGGAUUCCAGAGUCAUGAAAUGGAAUAGUAAGCAGUUUGUGGAGAUCCAGGCUCUCCCAUCCCGGGGGGCCAUGACCCUUCAGCCCUUUUCCUUUAAGGAUAAUCACUACCUAGCACUGGGAAGUGACUACACCUUCUCCCAGAUUUACCAGUGGGAUAAGGAGAAGCAGAUCUUCAGAAAGUUUAAGGAGAUCUAUGUGCAGGCACCUCGUUCAUUCACAGCCGUAUCCACAGACAGAAGAGAUUUUUUUUCGCCUCUAGCUUCAAAGGAAAAACACAAAUAUUUGAACAUGUAAUUGUGGAUUUGAGCUUGUGAAGGCAUAAGGAGUGAGUGUAACAUACAAUGACAUUGGCUCUUAAGAGAAAAGGAGAAGAAGAGAGCCACGGCUCUGAUUGGGGAAGUUGUUAGAAGUUUUCAGAACUUUUAGAACUCACAUUUUAAUCAGGGAUUGCAUUUACUUGGCUAACUGCAUGACAUAUCCACUCUCAUUUUAAAAGACAUUUGAAGGCCUGUAAUUAUUGAGAAAAGCUUGCAGCCUAUCUGCAUUAACUCUUACCAUCAAGAAAGGAAAUGUGAUUUUUUUUUAAAUAAAGGAGGAGAAAAUUGGAUCAUAUGGACAGCUCUGAUAACUAAAUGAAAAAUUUGGGAACUAUCCAUUCCACCUUAGUGAUUGUUUCAGUAAGAAUGCUUAAAACAAAAGUCAGCUAAAAACAUUUGCUGAUGAUUAGUAUAAAAUCUUAUAAUGUCAGCACUCAGCAAAGUUAUUUUGGGCCAUCUUGGUUUCAUGAAAUUGAUGUCCAGCCUUCUUUUGUCCUUCUUUGAAUAAAAUGAAGGAUAUUGUUUUAAUUCACAAUGAUGUCACGUGCUAGGGAUGUUAAUUCUAUAGUAUUUGCAAUUUUUUUGUCCACUACUCAAGAAGACAAACGAUAAACAUCUUAGAGGCCUCAAUGUGUUAGAGGCUUGGCAGCAGUGUUAAAGGUUUUUCUGCCUUCCAUUAGAGCCUCAAAAUUGGCCUACGUAGAGACCAUAAGUGUUUAAGGGUAGUCUGUGUGAACUAAAAUUGUUGAAUUCCUAGUAUCUGCUUACCCCAAAGCAUCCCUUGAGUUUGUUGGGUAACCCAACUGACAGGCCAAAGAUUGAAUGAUGUCACAUACUUGGCCCUCAGAGAGAUGAAUACUGGGGAGGCAGGCACCUCCGUCCACUGCUGUUGAUCAUUCUAUAGAUUUUUUUCUAAAAGAGAUUUGUCUUAGAGAAUCAUACUAAGUCAUAGGGGAUCUUUCAUGAAAGACAGCUUGCUUAGAAAGCCACAGGCAGUCCUUUGGUUUCUGCAUGCCUCUCUCUCCCCCUACCAGACAAUGUUCCUAUAUAAUAUAUGUAUGCAUACCUACAUGUAUCUACCACUUAUCUGUAGUUCUGCUUAGAGUUUGGUGAUGCCACUGUUAGCAACACAGUGAGCUGCUGACUCAUCUUUUCUGCUUCUCUCCACCCCUACUGGCUCCUGACAUAAGGUACUGCAGGUGCCAGGCUGUGAAAGUCCCAGAUCCCCUCAAUGAGCAAAGUUCUUUCCUGGUUUAGUAAUAGCAAUGCUUAACAACCACAA